AUAAUUAAUUAUUUAUCUAGAAAAAGACAUUUGAUAAUAUUUUAUGUGAUCAGGUGGCAAGACCUGCAGAAAAAAGAUAUUUACAAAAUAAUCAUAAACAGAAAUCGAAAGACUAAAACAUUAUGUACAUUUUUUGUGUAUUUACCUUUUGCUAAUACGACAUACACGUUAAAAAAUAUUUCCAAAGCCUCCACAGUACGUGAUUUUCAAAUUAACAUCGAACUUGUUUGUGGUAUUCCGUAUUUUAUACAAAGAUUGCAUUAUUUGGACAUGACAGAUCUCCGUCCUGGCAUGGUUUUAAGUAGCUUAGAUAUUUCAAAUAAAGCUACGUUUACACUGAAUAUUUGGGAAAGAUGGAGGCAUCUCAUAACGAGUAUAUACAAGGGUGAUAUAAAAGCAAUUUUCGAUCAAGUUAAAACUUCAGCUUGCAUAAAGAAUGAAUUAAUUAAUCAAAAUUUACUAAACGAGACAAAAAUGCGUGCUGAGACAGCGCUUUUUAUUGCCUCACAUUUGGGUAACAUUGAAAUGAUUAAGCUUUUGUUGGAAAUGGAUAUCGACAUUAAUGCACGAACAAAAGCCGGCCACACGUCACUUUAUGCAUCCAUUGUAGGUGGAAAAUAUGAGUGUAUUGAUUUUUUACUACAGAGUGGUGCUACUGAUGACACGAAAUCACCAAUUGGAAAGCAUGCUUUAGAGAUGGCAAAACUUUAUCAACACACCAAAAGCGCAAAACAUCUGUAUAAGUUUGGAUGGGAGUCGAGAGCAAAAUGCGCAAAGUCAAAAUUUAUGCAAGAACUUCCUUUAAGAAUGCAUCAACAAUUCGAUUCUAAAUGUCCAACUUGGUUUAUUGGUCCGUAUGCAACAACAUAUAUGUGCACAACAUUACCCCCUGGUGAAUUUUCUGGAAGUAGCAUUAAUUCACCCAAAGUAAAAUACUUAAAACCACAAAAAAACGGGGAUCUUCUAGCAGAAAAGGAAAGAUUGUUGGGCAGAACAGCAGUUCCUUUCACAGAGUGGAUGCAAAACAAAAAACGUGAAAAACUUUUACAACAACGUCAAAACGAGGUAAUUCAGUUUGAACGCAUGCGCGAGAACGAGCGACAAGUACAAGAGAGACAGAAAAAAAUGAAACACAUAACUCGAAGAAGAGAGAUUGAAAAUCGAUUAAAAAGUGAACGCGAUGGUAGUCAUGAAAACAAAAAUAUUUAUGGAGAUUAUUUUCAUACACCAAACUAUCAGAAGACAGUUUUACAUCAACUUGUUGCAGACCCAUGAGACGAAUUUUAAAAAAAGAUUUUGUAAAGAAUAUUUAAAAGUUAUAAUAGUUAAAUAUUUUCGGUGAGACCUCGGUAUCAUGUGCGGUGCACUGGGGAGAGUCAGCGACGCAAAUCAAAAUACAGAACCAAACAAAGAAAUUAUAUUAUUUAAUGUAAGAUUAAAUCAAAUAUAAUAAAGAACACGUUAAAUGCAAUUCCCAAUCCAAAAAUACUCUAUAUUAAUAAUAACUGU